AUGCAGGCCAGGCUCUACAGAUCCCCGGUGUCCCCCUGUCUACCUACAACACCACGACCAACAACACCAUUCACGUGCAGGCCAGGCUCUACGGAUCCCCGGUGUCCCCCUGUCUGUACUCCAGGGUCUAGAGAUCCUCGGUGUCCAAGACCUACUACACCAAGACCAACAACACCAUUCACGUGCAGGCCAGGGUCUACGGAUCCCCGGUGUCCCCCGGUCUGUACUCCAGGCUCUACGGAUCCCCGGUGUCCCCCUGUCUGUAGGCCAGGCUCCACGGAUCCCAAGUGUCCAAGACCAACAACACCAUUCACGUGCAGGCCAGGCUCUACGGAUCCCCGGUGUCGAAAAACAACAACACCAAGACCAACAACACCGUUCACGUGCAGGCCAGGCUCUACGGAUCCCCGGUGUCCAAGACCAACAACACCAAGACCAACAACACCAUUCACGUGUAGGCUCUGCGGAUCCACGGUGUCCAAGACCAACAACACCAAGACCAACAACACCAUUCACGUGCAGGCCAGGCUCUACAGAUCCCCGGUGUCCCCCUGUCUGUACUCCAGGCUCUACGGAUCCUCGGUGUCCAAGACCUACAACACCAAGACCAACAACACCAUUCACAUGCAGGCCAGGCUCUACAGAUCCACGGUGUCCCCCUGUCUGUACUCCAGGCUCUACGGAUCCACGGUGUCCAAGACCUACAACACCAAGACCAACAACACCAUUCACGUGCAGGCCAGGCUCCACGGAUCCCAGGUGUCCAAGACCUACAACACCAAGACCAACAACACCAUUCACGUGCAGGCCAGGCUCCACGGAUCCCAGGUGCCCACGACCUACAACACCAAGACCAACAACACCAUUCACGUGCAGGCCAGGCUCCACGGAUCCCCGGUGUCCAAGUCCUACAACACCAAGACCAACAACACCAUUCACGUGCAGGCCAGGCUCUACGGAUCCAAGGUGUCCAAGACCUACAACACCAAGACCAACAACACCAUUCACGUGCAGGCCAGGCUCUACUGAUCCCCGGUGUCCAAGACCUACAACACCAAGACCAACAACACCAUUCACGUGUAGGCCAGGCUCCACGGAUCCGCGUUGUCCCCCAGUCUGCAUUCCAGGCUCCACGGAUCCCAGGUGUCCAAGACCAACAACA